AUGGCGGAAGGUUGGGAGCCUUUGGACGUCGCUGUUAUUGGCGGUGGCAUUGCAGGCGGUCUGGCGGCAGCAACAUCUCUCCGCCGAGCAGGCCACAGCGUGACAAUCUACGAGCAAGCUCACUAUGCCGGAGAGGUCGGAGCCUCGAUAAGCUGCGCUGCGAAUGGCACCCGGUGGCUGGAAGAGUGGGAAGUCGACAUCUCCCUGGGCAAGACCGUGAUAUUGCAGAAGCUGAUCCGCCAUGACUGGAAAACUGGCGAAGUGCAGAGCAUCUACGAUCUGUCAGACUACAAGGAUCAAUGGGGAUGGGUCUAUAAUAUGUUCCAUCGAGUCAACAUGCACGAGAUGCUCAUGGACUCGGCGACUGGUCGUGGCGAAGGCACUCCGGCGCAGCUACGGCUGGAUCACAAGUGCAAGGAGAUCGACCACGAAAGGGGGAUCGUGACGUUCGAGAAUGGAGUCGUUGCACAGCACGACAUGAUUAUCGGAGCUGAUGGGAUUGGAUCCGCCGUCCGCCGCGCGUUAGGGAUAAUACCGACCCGCAAGCAAUCCACCUCCACCUGCUACCACUGCGUGAUUGACGCCAGCGAAGUCUCGCGCCUCGGCCUGCUAGACCUCACAGCCAACUGUGCGAUCGAAUUCUGGGGCGGGGUGGGGAUCGAGAAGAUCGUCUACUCGCCGUGCCGAUCCGGGGAAAUCAAUAGCUUCUACUGCUUCUUUCCGACGUCGAAAUCCGACCACGCUUCCGAAGGGUGGAACCACGAAGCCAGCGUGGAGGAACUGCUCGCGCCGUUCCCGGACCUCGACGAGAGACUGCUGGCGCUGUUCCGGCAUGCGAGGGACAUCAAGCCGUGGCGGCUGUUCGUGCACGAGCCGUACCCGCACUGGACGAUCGGCCGGACAUGCGUCCUCGGCGACGCCGCGCACCCCAUGCUCCCGGACCAAAGCCAGGGGGCGUGCCAGGCGAUCGAAGACGCGGCGGCGCUAGGCAUCAUCUUCGGCCGGGACUACAUGUACACGGCCGAUGUCGCGGCGGGGUUGGCCCUGUACGAGCGGAUCCGGAAACCCCGGGCUACCAAAGUGCAGGCGGCCAGCGCCCGGGCGCGCGAGAACAUCAACGAGCGCAUCGGCUUCUCCAGCCAGAAGAUCGGGUACAAGGCGGCGGUCGCGACGGGGAAACUUACCAUCGACGAGAUGAACCUGUACGAUAUGAGACGACAUGUCGCCGAGGCGGCAGCUCCCGAGCGCAGGAGCAGGAGCGAUGUGAUUCCCCACAACAGCGCCUUUGGCCUCGUCAUGUCGGUGUCCACGAUGCCGGAGCAGCUUGCCAGGAUGUGA